AUGGAUGAAUUGAAGUUGAAGAUUGAAGAAAAGAUGGAUCUGAAGAUGUCAAAAAAGAAGAAGGGUGAGAUAAUAUCGAAGACUGAGAGGGAUGAAUCGAAGAAGAAGAAGGGUUCGAUGGAUCUGAACAUGUCAAAGAAGAAGAAGAAGGCUAAGAUGGAUUCGAGAAGCAAGAAUGCUGUGUUGAUUGGAUUGAAGCACCCAGACCCGCAGAAGAAGAUUGACAUCAAAGGGCAGAUAUUGAGGAUGAAAAAUUAUCUGGUAAAACAUGGUGGGUUUUCACAGGUUGACAUCACUCUCAUGAUUCAGGAGGACAACGUUAACGAUGACACCAAUCCCACUAGUCAGAACAUACGAGAUAAGCUAUACUGGCUGGUUGAGUAUGCUUGUCCAGGUGACAUCCUCUUCAUCCACCUCAUUGCCCAUGGCUGUUCUCAUGGCCUUAUUCGUGCCCCUGAUGGAAAACAUAUCUCAGAUCAUUAUUUCAGGGAACUUAUAUGGACAGCCGUCCAAAAGGGUUGUAAUCUCACAUUUGUAUCUGAUUGCCUAACUGAACCGCUUGAGCGUUGUCCUUGUCCUAAAAUACCGAUAGCUCGCAUAAAUCGGGAGGAACGAUGGAAUAAAAUUAAAGAGGCCUUGUUUAAUCCGAAACUUCUGAAAGAAGCCACAUAUGUUACUGGCUACUAUAAAAUGAUAGUACCCACUCAAUUGUCUUCUGUUGAUAUCCUCACCCUCAAAUUCGACAAAACUGAAACCAGCACCGAGGAUUCUUCACCUGUAAUUCUGUUUACGCCUUUCCCAAACACUGCCACCCAGCCCUGCAAAGAUGAAUCUGAAUUAUUAUUCCCCCCACCGGAGGGAAUUAACCACACAUCAUAUCCAUAUGGAGCUUUUACCAAUUCCAUACUCAAUGUACUUGAAGAGACUCAUGCUCCACUUACAAACUUGGACCUCGCUCUAAAGGCUAUGGACAAACUUAGACGAGAAACACCGCCUGGGCUCUCGUGCCUCCACUGCAACCACGCUUUUGCUUCUUUUGUGUGCUGA